GCGGCUGGUUGGGGUGACGUCCCCGAGGCUUCUGAAGACGCAGUUCUUGCGACUCCCGCCGUGGGGCCCUCGGGGGCGGUGCCGAGAGUCUGGCCUGUGUUCACUGUGGCCAAGGGAAGGGGCCCGCCCUGUCUGCGCCGGAUGACCCCGGGCGUUGACCGGGUCCGGAGCCCCGGAACGCUACGCCCACCUGGCCGAAAGCACCAGUGAAACGCGUUUUCCUGCGGCCGCUGUUAGGUGAGGGGUUCUGGGGAGGCAGCGCCGUCGCGGGAAGAGAACGCCCACCCGCGUCAGUGGUCCAAGCGCGAUGCCUCAGGGCGCCCCGCUUUCUGCGUGGGAAGGAGGGAGCAGCGGCCGCGGGGAUCCCCCGUGGGGGAUCUGGUGACUGGAACUCGGCCUGGCUGGCCCGUUCGCUCAGGGCUGCGUUCUCUCUCUGCCAGGUCUGCCAUUUUACACUUUUCUGAUCUCCUCGGUCCCUUCUGUGAGCUAUGUCUCAGGGUUCAGUGACAUUCAGAGAUGUGGCCAUAGACUUCUCCCAGGAGGAGUGGAAAUGGCUUCAGCCUGCUCAAAGAGAUUUGUACAGAUGUGUAAUGUUGGAGAACUAUGGCCAUCUGGUCUCACUGGCAGGUCUUUCCAUUUCUAAGCCAGAUGUGGUUUCCUUAUUAGAGCAAGGGAAAGAACCCUGGCUGGGGAAAAGGGAUGUGAAAAGAGAUCUGUUUUCAGGACUGAGUAAUAUUCCAUUGUCUACAUGUUCUGCAGUUUACUUAUCCAUUCACCAACUUAAGGACAUCUUGGUUGUUUCCAAAGUUUUGACAAUUUUGAAGAAAGCACAUCUGUGUCUGUAUGGGUAUAAGUUUUCAUUUCAUUUGAUUUCAGAGUCAAAUGGUGAGAUCAAAGACUUUUCAUCAAAAAAUGUCAUUUAUGAUGACUCAUCCCAGUAUUUGAUCAUGGAAAGAAUUCUAAGCCAAGGCCCUGUAUAUUCCAGUUUUAAAGGAGGCUGGAAGUGCAAGGAUCAUAUUGAGAUGCUGCAAGAAAAUCAAGGAUGUAUAAGGAAAGUAACAGUCUCUCAUCAAGAAGCCCUGGCCCAACAUAUGAAUAUCAGUACCGUGGAGAGGCCCUAUGGAUGCCAUGAAUGUGGAAAAACUUUCAGUCGACGCUUUUCCCUGGUGUUACAUCAGAGGACUCAUACUGGAGAAAAACCAUAUGCGUGUAAUGAAUGUGGCAAAACCUUUAGCCAGAUUUCAAACCUUGUGAAACAUCAAAUGAUACAUACUGGAAAGAAACCCCAUGAAUGUAAGGACUGUAAUAAAACAUUCAGUUACCUUUCAUUUCUUAUUGAACACCAGAGAACACACACUGGGGAGAAACCUUAUGAAUGUACUGAGUGUGGAAAGGCAUUUAGCCGUGCCUCCAACCUCACUCGACAUCAGAGAAUUCACAUAGGAAAGAAACAAUAUAUAUGUAGGAAAUGUGGGAAAGCAUUUAGCAGUGGUUCAGAACUCAUUCGCCAUCAGAUUACACAUACUGGAGAGAAACCUUAUGAAUGCAUUGAGUGUGGGAAGGCAUUUCGCCGUUUCUCACACCUUACGCGGCAUCAAAGCAUCCAUACAACCAAAACCCCAUAUGAAUGUAAUGAAUGUAGGAAAGCUUUCCGUUGUCACUCAUUCCUUAUUAAACAUCAGAGAAUUCAUGCUGGAGAAAAGCUCUAUGAAUGUGAUGAAUGUGGUAAAGUUUUCACUUGGCAUGCAUCCCUUAUUCAACAUAUGAAAAUUCAUACUGGAGAGAAACCCUAUGCAUGUGCUGAAUGUGAUAAAGCCUUCAGUCGAAGCUUUUCCCUCAUUCUACAUCAGAGAACUCACACUGGGGAAAAACCGUAUGUAUGUAAGGUAUGCAACAAAUCCUUCAGCUGGAGCUCAAACCUUGCUAAACAUCAGAGAACACACACUCUUGACAACCCCUAUGAAUAUGAAAAUUCAUUUAAUUACCACGCAUUCCUUACUCAACACCAGUGAAUUUACAGUGUAAAGAAAAACUAUGAAUGUAUGGAAUUUUUUUUAAGAAGAUAAUGCCUUACUUUUGCUUCAGAGAACUCUUGGAAAGAAGCCUUAUGUGAAAGUGAUGAAUGUGAAGGCCCACACUUAUUUAACAUCCUGAGCAAAAAGCCCAGGUAUAUGUGGAAAAGCCAUUAGUAAACACUUUUUUUUUUUUUUUUUUUUUGCAAUAACAAGGUGAAAUCAAUAUUGUGAAGAAGAUUCUUCCAUCUGGUAACAUUGAGAAGACUUCAUUUGGUAGGAUUCCCUUACUCUACAUAUGUAAAUUCCUACCAGUAAAGAGUACAUAUCCAGUAAAUUUGAGAAAGCUAGAGAUCAGCCCUCAUUCUGCAUCUGUCAGCCUGGACAGACUGCAUGGGUAAGGGAUGAGCUUUACAAAGAUGUACUUUGGAGAUGAGAAAAUUGAUGUUUAAGCAAAGUGAUACGAGCAGUGAUUUGGGAAUGCCUUCAAUUAUAAUGCAAUACUUAAACGUUAAUACUCUUGUAGGAGAAACAGCAACUAUAUAAAUGAAUGUAGAGUGACUUUCUGUAAUAUUUCAAACCUAUAUCAGAAUUACACUGUGGGAAAACUACCAUUGUAAUGUGUAGCAAAAUCAUCUUGGAUAUCUGAAAAGUCAUACUGGAUGCAAUCUGUUGGAAAUGGUUUUAUUUUGAGGGAAGGGGGAUUUUUGUUUUUUUAAGUGAAUUCAAAAAAGUUAUAAAUAAAUCUUCUGGUUUAUAAAUCUUGUA